UACGGAGUUGCAUUAUGCUGGGUCGGUUGCCAAACCUCAUGCUUAUGUCCAAGGACAGUCUUUACUCUCAGCUGCCUAUGGACAACUUCACCAUGCCCUCCUACGCCCGCCGCAUCUCCACCGCCACGCCUUACAUGAACGGAGAGGCCUCCACCAAAUCACUCUGGACCAUUAACAGCACUCUAAGGAUACGCGUCCUUUGUGCCACAUACGUUAAUGUGAAUAUUCGGGACAUUGACAAGAUUUAUGUGCGGACAGGGAUCUACCAUGGUGGAGAACAGUUGUGUGAUAAUGUCAAUACACAGCGUGUGCCGUGUUCAAACCCAAGGUACCAUGCGAUCACUGGUCCUGUCUGA